GCAGGGAGAGCUGGAGAGCUGGUGGCUCACUCCCACAUCUCUUCUCCACUUUGCUGGGACACACACUGAAUUGAUGUCCAAAGAGGCAGAGUUGGAUGUGAGAGGCAGUGAGUGCGACACAGUCCCACCAGAGCCCAGCACAGACCCAGAAGUGCCCAGGCCACCUCCAGCAAAGGCUAACGGACCCCACGGCACCGCUGGCGUUUGCACGAGCAUCCCCUCCAGUAGCCACAGUAGCAGCAGCAGCAGCAGCAGAAGUGGUCUGGGUGGCAUUAGCAUCGUUAGCAGCAGCGCUGAGGGAGCAGGCGAAAGCUCCAUGCAGUUCAGCACCAGACCGCCUAGUGCUGAGCAGCCGGGCUUCAUGGGGACAUGGCAGCAGCAGAGCACUGACAGCAACCUCCUCUACAGAAUGUCCCAGCAGGAUGCUGCAGGCAAGGUGCUAGACCGCUGGUCCAUCAUGUCCCGAGAAGAAGAGAUCAUCACCCUGCAGCAGUUCCUGCGCUUUGGUGAGACCAAAUCCAUUGUGGAGCUGAUGGCCAUUCAGGAGAAGGAAGGUCAGGCAGUAACAGUUCCCUCUUCCAAGACAGACUCCGGUAUUAGGACGUUCAUUGAAAGCAACAACAGGACCCGCAGCCCUGGACUUCUGACGCAUCUGGAAAACAGCAGCCCAUCGAGCAUUCACCAUUUUGAGAAUAUCCCCAAUAGCUUAGCCUUCCUCCUGCCCUUCCAAUACAUUAACCCAGUUUCUGCUCCAAUGCUUGGUUUGCCGCCAAAUGGCCUGCCUAUGGAACAAUCUGCCCUCCGGCUCAGGGAGCCCAGCCUGCCAAAUCAAGGUGAACAGGUAGAGAGCAGUGAGUCAGAAGUGUCCCUGUCACCCUUCCGCUCAGGCCAGAGCCCAAGCCGUGGAGCCCUGGGAGCCCUUAACAACAACAUUGAACCCAAGACAGAGCCCAACAACAGGGCAUCACCCAUCUCGCCAACCCCUUCCACCCAGCAAGCUCAACAACAGCAGCAACAACAGACACAGCUCCAGCAGCAACAGGGUCAACAGCAGUCCCAAAAUCAAUCUCAGCAGUCCAAUAGCUUGAGUGACCAUCACGUCCACCACCACUUUGUAAAGGACGAGCAUUCUAAAACAAUCACCCAUUCUUCUUUUUCCUCAAAGAUGCAUCGCAUGCGCCGCAUGGGAUCCACUUCACGCAAGGGUCGUGUGUGCUGCAAUUCUUGCGGCAAAACCUUUUAUGACAAAGGCACACUUAAGAUUCACUAUAAUGCUGUACACUUGAAGAUUAAACACCGUUGCACCAUUGAGGGUUGUAAUAUGGUCUUCAGCUCACUUCGCAGCCGUAAUCGUCACAGUGCCAAUCCCAACCCAAGGCUACACAUGCCAAUGCUGCGCAAUAACCGUGACAAGGACCUCAUUCGUGCCAAUUCAACCCCCGGUACACCUGUUAUCUCAAGCACUAAGAAUGGUGGCUUCACACUCACCAGCCCUGGAAGGCCACCACUGGGCUUCACUACCCCACCAGUAGACCCUAUGCUUCAGUCACCUCUGCAAAGUCCACUGGUGUUUCCCUCGUUGAAGUCAGUUCAACCAGUCCAGCCAGUGCCCCCAUUCUACCGUACACUGUUGUCCCCAGCAGACCUUGUCAGUCCUCCAGUUUCACUGCCCACAAGCCCCAUCCUGCCCACUGCCACUAAUAGUACCACCCUGAUGGACCAGCAGAUACUGGCUGCAGCUGUGGCUUCACAUAAUAAUGUUCAUAUGUCAGAGGCAGGACCUAUGUCCCACCGCUUACCUACACCUACUGCCAAUAAUGACCUCACCAGUGGCAUCAGUGACCCCACACCCAAAAAGAAGCCUCGUAAAUCUAGCAUGCCAGUAAAGAUUGAGAAGGAGGUGAUUGAUGUGGCUGAUGAAUACGAGGACAAAGAUGAAGAUGAUGAAGAUAACAUUCACCAAAAUCACCACCAUCACCAGUCAUCACUUCUUCACAACAAUAUCAAAAUCAAUGGAAAUUGUAACAGCCACAAUAGUGGCAGUGGUAAUGGAAAUCACAGUGGUGGUAGUGGGCAGCAAUCCCCUUCUCAGGAUGAGAUGAGCCCUGGGUUAGCUCUGAGAGGCAUGAUGAGACAGAGUGAAGAUGAAUGCCGGGAAGGGACUCGUAGUGACAGUAGGGGAGGUAAUGAUCUUCGAGGCUCUGGGGAAUUACGUUGCAUGGACAGCUUCACCUCUGAAGACCAGGACCAUGAGAGAGACUUUGAGAAUGAAUCUGAAAACUCUGAUUCCAAGAUGUUCUACCGGGAUGAGCUCAUGGAUGUGGAUGAACAUCAAAAACACAGCAGGGGUGGAAGAGGUCUGGACAAGGAACAGGAUCAUGAGGGUAAUGAAGAAGCUCAUUUGAGAAAGGAAAUGGAAGGCAAGGGCCAUUCAUCACCCUCUCCUCAUCACCACCCUAUUAAGAUCAAGGAAGAACUCAAUGAUCCAACCUAUGACAUGUUCUGCAUGGGCCAGUAUGGCAUUUACAAUGGAGGCAUGGCAGCGGCUGCUGCCGCUGCUGCGAGUAUGGCUGCCCUACAUGAGAGCUUCAUCUCCUCGAUGGGCUAUGGUGCCAGUCCACCCAAAUUCCUUUCUUCUCAAUCACCAGAGGGAGAUCCAUGCUCAAGUCCUGACCCCAAGAUCUGCUAUGUGUGUAAGAAGACUUUCAAGAGCUCCUACAGCAUGAAACUGCACUACAAGAAUGUGCACCUCAAAGAGAUGCAUGUGUGCACUGUGGCUGGCUGCAAUGCCGCUUUCCCUUCCCGGCGGAGCAGAGACAGGCACAGCUCCAACAUCAACCUGCACCGCAAACUGCUGACCAAAGAGCUGGACGACAUUGUCCUGGACCCCCAACUCACGCCACUGCCCAAGGACCUGCGAGCUGAGCUACUGGCCAAGAUCUACGCCGGUCAUCACAUGGGCUUGGACCCUAUGGCUGGGAUGGGCAUCGGAGGCGGCAGCCUUGGACACACCGGCCUGAACCACGAUGCCCGUUCCCCCAUGAGCAAUGAGUAUUUCCACCACCCUCUCAGCCACAACCUCAAAAAUCACCACACCAACGGCUUCUCCCAGAGCCAGCAAGAUGACUACAUGGUGCUGGACCUGAGCACCACAUCAAGUGUUCAAUCCAGCAGCAGUGUCCACUCCUCACACGAGUCAGAUGAGGGCAGCGAUGAAGGCAUCCUACUUGACGAUCUGGAGGAGGAGGAUGGAGAAGAGGAUGAGGAGGAGGGUAACAGCGAGGGAGAGGACUGCUCCCAGCGUGCCGAGAGGCGAGCUGAAAGAGGGCAGCGGAACGAGACUGGAGAACUUAGAGGAGAAGGACAUGGUGAGGGGUUGGAACCUCCCUCCUCACCAUUCCUCCUUUCGUCCACGGGGGGCAGUAAUAGUGGCGGCAGUGGGAUCCUCUGCAACAUCUGCCACAAAAUGUACAGCAACAAAGGGACCCUGCGUGUGCACUACAAGACUGUGCACUUGCGAGAGAUGCACAAGUGCAAAAUUCCUGGUUGCAACAUGGUGUUCAGCUCAGUGCGCAGUCGCAAUCGACACUCUCAGAACCCCAACCUCCAUAAAAACAUGCCCUUCUCUACAAUAAUAGACUAAAUAAUGACUUUCUACUCUACCCUCCUGUCAGUAUGCCCGCUCCUCCCGUCGUUCCUCAUCCUUAUUCCUCCUCAAAUUAGCUUUUAACCCCAGCCCAGGGCCAUCAAAUACAAGAUAAGUGCUUGUGUUCCUCCUGCCCACCCUCUGCAAGUCAUUGCAAGACAUUUGUAUGUCCCUCUAUAAAAUUCAUUGACUCUAAAUACAGUUUAUUAUUUUGAACUUUGACUUUACCUUCUUUGGAAGAACAGAAUGAUACUCUUGAGUACGGAGUUUGCUUUAUAACAAAACUCCAAACUUGUUUUCAUAACCCCCCCCCCCCAUCUUUCCUUGCAUACCUCUCCCAACUUUGUUUUCAUGUCCGUCUCCAAAGAAUCUAUUCAAACUCUUAUUUGUGACUUUGCCUGCAGAAAUAAUAGUACUGAGAAAAAAAAAAAGAAAAUCUUCUCGUUGUAUUUGUGUAAUGAUAGCUUUUAAAUGAACCCCUUACAAAAGCAUGACAGCUUCAUUUGUAAAUAAUGUCCCAAGAGGCUUUUGGUGUAAAAGAGUUGUGUUGAUGGUUGUUUGCUCUUUUUUUUCUCUCUCUCAAUCCUUAUGGUUUUAUGUUACAGUCCAGUACAAUACUUCCAGCUAUAGGCAAGAAAGAGGUAGCAUCUUACUAGCUUGAUUCAUUUAUGUUAGCUUCAAAGAUAUGUUUUAAACUGAGUCCUAGGAAAAAAAGAAUAUCACGUGACUUGCUUUAUCUACUUGUUAGGUAUUCAGAGGUUGCCGGCAUGCUUUUUUAGGCUCCUACACUGAUAUCAUUCUCUGUAUUUCUAUUGAUUUUCUUUUUUUUGUCUGUUUAUGUUUAUGAGCUUUAGUAUACUAAUUCAGUUUUUGCACUUUGCAUCUAUACAAGGGGAUGUGUAAUAUUAUUAUAAUGAGGAGUUUUUGCAAUGGUGAGUUAGGUGUUGUUUGGGGUCAUCGGCGGCUACAGUGCCAAGGGAAAUGACAGUACCUUCAACAUACUUGUGCCAGUACAGUUUUUGCACGUUCUCAGUUUCGAAACAUACUUUCACAACAUAAAAUCUUCCCCUGAACAAAGGCUGAGAUCUUCCCCUAUCUCUAAAAAUACGUAUUCAGAAGGUGUCUCCAAAGUGUCUUGCUUCAAAACUAAUCCAGGUGUGACUGAAAAUGAACUGCUGUUUCACAAACACAAAGUAAAUACUGAUAAAGCCUCCUCCUCUUUAUUUUUAAGGAGACAUUGUGUGCGGUUGCCAGUUAUGAUCACAACACUUAACUUCAGUGGUUUAGUGAGGUAAUCUGUAUAAAGCAUGACCUUUUUGUGAAAUUAUUAACGUUAGAAAAGCAAGAGCUCACAUUAGUUAUCACAAAAGGCAUCUUAAUAAAAUAUGACUGUCCCGUAAAUUUAAAAAAUAGAGAUAAAAAGAUGAAAUAGUCCUUCAACUGUGACCAAAACUAAAGUGUUUGCUUUAGAAAAUAUGUUUCAUUGUGACAUUGUACUUAAAUCAUGCCCCAUUGGAUUAAUAUGAUGCACUUGAGUCUUAAAUCUUUUUGCUGUGAUAUUUUUGGUAUCGGUUUCCAUUUCUGAGUGUUGGCUUCAAAUGUGCUAUAUGAAAAAUGUCGCCAUUUUCCCAGCUGCUUGGUUGCAGCGGUUUUUAACAUGUCCAUGACUGUCUUACGGUACAAAUAUUUCCAGUAACUGGGCAAAGUAGCCAAGGGAAGGGGUAUUUAUUGGUGGGUGAUGUAUGUUCAUGGAGAUGUUUUUGUCCAGUAUGAAAAUAUUUUUUGUAAAAAGACAAAAAAAUUGAGAUUGUUCAUCAGUUUGAUUUGUUUAUCAAUGUAUUAGCAAUGCCAUGUGUUACUAUACAACAAGACCUUCUCUUACUUGACUGGUGCUACACACAGGAGGGACAAAUAUGCAGUGUUAUGUCGCGUGCUGUACAGUAUUCACAACAUCUUACAUCCAUAACAGUGUUGAGCUCCAUUUGUUUUGUAUUUAAGCCGUUCUGCCACAGACAUGACCAAUUCUAGUGAAAUAUUUCAUCAAUAUUUUUUUUUUCCAAAGACUCCACGCAUAUGACACAUGCAGUCUCCAGCCAACACCUCUCAGAGAGAAAGAGAGCGAGACAGAGCGCUGUGGCUGAUGGAAAGGUUGCAGAGGUGGAAGGCUGACUAGGGAGGAAAGGAUGACAGCAACCAUCAUUAAAAAUGUGCCGCUUCUCCGUUACCUGCAGGCGUGUCCCUGCCAUUCCAGCUUCUUCUGUCUAAUAUCUCACUUGUCACUUCGUUACACUGCCAGGCGAAAAGGUUGCUGACAUGACUGUGACACUGACAGAGAGAGAAAAAAAAGAGGACAGAGUGCGCGCCCUGAACAAUUCAAUUAGACUCAUUCGACUUGGUUGAAUUCAUCUAUUCAUUUCAUACAUGUGCUUAUUCUUAGUCAGGGUCGCCGUGUAAUCCAAUUCAGUUCCUCUCUCUCAUUCUGUUUUUCUCUUUGUCUGUCAGAGCACAGUCAUUCAACAAACGCCUUACCCAUUUCUUCAAGCCGCCACUCACUUACCACCUCCACACCCCACAGCGCAGGUCCUACAGGGACACACACUAAUAGUGUAUGCUUAAGUUCACCGGACGGCCAUGGCAUAGGAAAAAGGGAUGGGUAAUUGCCUGUUUAUCCCAAGUGAAGGGAAAAUUGAGUACAGGAACCCCUGCCUUCUCCCAGGAGUGGGUUUCACCGAGGCGCUUGCUGCCUCAUUCACUCAUUCGAUCCCCCCGGCCCUCGCUCUGGCAGAUAUAAAAAACUGCUUCUCCAGGAACCCUGCUGACAGCUGUCUCUCCAACACACAACCAUACAAACACACACAUGCGCACGGAGAGAGGAGAGUGGCACACAAAUACUUCCUGCGUACAGGCCGGAGGGACGACAAGGACUAGAUGACUUGUUAACCUCUAGUGAUGGAAGGGACAGGGUCAGAGUGAAAACACCACAGUAGAUGAACUGCUCCAUUUUCCAUGAUGGAGAGUCAUGGAAAGCAGGAAAUCAUUAUUAUCAUUUCAUUAUAAAUAUUCCGACAUGCUUAAGCUAAUACUUUCAGACAUUCUACCGGUAGAAGACAAAGAUUAAAUUAAACUAAUAAUGAGGCUGACAAAAUCACAGACUGAAUUGAAGUCUCUAGAAAUGAGAGCAGUACAUAUCCAACAUAUUCAAAAUAAUUUUAAUAUAAAUGUGCUGCAUCCAAUGAGCUCUGUACACUUUUUAAUCUGAGAUAGAAAAACAAGUUUUCUGACUUUAUUUUUUUCACAUUCCUCAUGUCCAAUUCUUUGCUACCCAUUUCUCAAGCAGCAGCUGCAGUGCAUGACCUCUCUAGCUGUGUACUUGUGUGUACUAGACAGAAGGCUGAAUAUCAUGGCAGAGAUUCCCUUACAACACCCUUCUCCAGCCCCUUACGGGCUCCCUCUGUGUCUUGCAUGGCGCUGGUCAUGCCAGCAGAGCUCAGAGCUGAGAGAUGCUGGAAACGGAGCUGAGAAAACACACAAACAACCGUCCCGCAUAGCCAGGGAGACUGACGGCGAAGACAGUGAGAGGAGGGAGAGAUGAAGGGAAAAGGCAUUGGGCGUAGGAAGUGGUCUGGCUGAAGCCUCGCAGCAGUCACUUAACUAGGCAGGGGAGAAAAAGAGAGGACCACAGGGAGAGAAGAGAGCAAGGGAGCAGCAGGGCCAGGACUCCCCAGGACUCAUCACCAGCUUCUUCUUGAUUGCCUGCCGGAGAGCGAACGAGCCGCCCCUCGGAUUUCCACCCCUCUCCCCUACACUCUGUCUCCUCUGAGAAAUGAGCACCAAUUUCCGCCACUCCUUCGAGAAAGCCCCCAAUCCAAUCUUUGUGUUUCUUACUUCUCCAGCCACAUGGGCCCAGGUGCACUCUGCUACCUAGUGACCGGGCCAUGAGACGGCAAGACCAGGUCACUUAGAGCGCCUCAUUGGCCCAGACUACAGAAGUGAAUCUUUAAUAUUUGAUUAGAAGAGCGUCAGGCAUCAAUUAUUCUGUAUCGCACACGGAGGGAGAGGGAGAUGGAGCGGCUGACCUGUUAAUCACUGUCCGUUUUGUUCACAUCACUGAGUGUGAGAGGCGACACGUGACACAAAGUGGGAUUCAAAUGUUUGAUGGGACACCAUGAGAAAUAUGCAGAUAGGAGGUAAAUAGUGUGUAUAGAUGCUUCAGUCUCGUAAAAAAAAAUACCCUCAUUAAUUUGAACUGGAACCUGUGAAAUGUCAGUGAUCCUGAAAAAAAAUACUGUAAAUUCAUGAAAUGUUUUCCGUUGUGCCAAUCAUAUUUUACAGUCUUAAACUAUAAAUAAGCUUGAAGAACCGGUGAAUUUAGAUUUUUUGUUUUUCUUUUCUUUCCAUUUGUGUUUUUGCGUAUCCAAUACAUUUGUGUCUGUGUCUUAAAAAGCCUUUGUUGUGGCACUGGCACUCGACAGCGUUGCAUGGCUACAUGGUCGCACUGCGGAGAACAAACACAGCAGAGGAGCUUGUAUCACUUUGGUGUCAAAAUGGUGAUUUGGAAGCCACAUGAAUACUGUACGUUACCUAAACAGGUGUUUCCCAUUUGCAGACAGGGGGAAAAAAUGUCCUCUUUUUAAAAAGACUCUUUUCUUUGUUUUUCUUUCCUUUUUGCCUUUCCUGUAUUUGUUUCUGUAUCAUAACUGUCUUUGGUUUUUGCAUAAAAUGCAUAAGGGUUUUGGGAUGUAAAUGGAAUUUUAUUCAUAUUUUGUCCAAAUACCUCUUGUAAUUUGUAUCAGAAUUCUUGUACAAUUUUUAUAUUAAAGAUUUAUCAGUCA